GAACUUGGGAGUAAGAUGGCGGUGGCCGCGGUUUCCGGUCGAUCGGGGCCGCUCACGGGGCCUCCCAUCCCGGCCGCUCUCACACCCACGCUCCGAGAGGCGCUGCUCAAGGUCCUGGAGAACAGGCCCGAGGAUCCCGUUUGUUUCCUGAGCGAAUACUUCGAGAACCUGGCGGCGGCUUCGGAGGGAGCGACCGAGAAACCCGCCCCGAAACAGCAGCAGGAGCUGGUCUCGAGAGCCUUGAGGCAGCUGUUGCUUUGUCACUACAGCCGACCAGCCUUCAGCAGGAAUCUAGCUUCAGCCUUCCAGAUCCUCAGCUCCCCCAUUGGUAAGAAGAAGAAAGCUGGCCUGAAAGGUAGAACCUACACUGAGCUCUUGAGACAGAUCUGUGCAGGGGCCCAGCUCUCAUCCUGCUCCCUGAUCCACAAGCUGCAGUGUUGGGAUCACGAAGCUGUUCCUUUUGGCGUCUUCAGACAUGGGGUGUUGACCUGCCUGAUCUUCAUGGAGUUUGUGAAGAUUUCUGGCAGAUUGUUUGAUGUGGUGGCUGACUCUGAUGAAGCUGAUCAGACUGUGUGUCAUGUUCUGCUCGAAGCUUUGAAAGAUGCAGUGAGCAUCGGAGACUCUUCCAGUUCUGUUGGCUACCUGGAUGCUGGCUCCAAGUUAGCCCCAGAUCAGCUCGGGAUGGCCAUGGAAAGAGCAGUGAGGCUACGGAAAAAAGAAUCGAUCACAUCAAUAAACAAGGAAGAGUUUGUCCUGCUCACUGCUCCUCUCUUCAUUGAGAAAGUAAAACCCAUCAGUUGACUAUCAGUGUACAAAAACAGGCAGUAAAUGUACUGAGCACAGAUGCAACCUGACUUGGUCCCUGGAGUUCCUGCUCAUUGGGUGAUUUGUUGUACUGUUACCUAUUUAAACAAUGCAUUGUCAGUGAUGCAGACUGCACUGAGGCAAGUUCCCUCAAAACCCCACCCAGCCAAUGCGCCCAUUGAAUCGUUGAUCUCUUUGCACUGUGUUUCUGAUACAUGAAGAAUAUUUUGGGUUCUGCAUUGUCUGUGCUGCUUAGUCUGUUACCUCUCCCACCUCCCACCAGCCAGGGAAAGUCUGGGUCUUAAUGCCAAUGCAACGGUGUAUCCUUGUCCCAGACUUCACACUGUUCUUGUCUUGACAAUUUGAGGCAUACACAUUUGAGACAACACAUCCAACUGUAGGGAUUGUUUUCACCAACUCCCUUCAACAGGCAGUGGGAAGAUUGACUGAUUUUGUUGUACUGCUUCCCAUCUCGGGGGGACAGUCCUUACUUGUGCUAUUAGGAUUCUUGCAGGACAGUGUCAACAUUUGAAACUGAGUCUAUACGACAUAGUGAGCUGCUGCUUCUCAGUAUUCAUGGAGUAUUUAUGUGUUAUUGACCAUUGUUGACACCUGGUUCAUUUCUGUUUUGUAAUAUUGGCUUUCACAUAAUUAGAUAUAGCACUCUGUGCUGUACUAAACAGUCAAAUUAAACAUAACCCAAUCCA